GCGCGUGUCCAUCUGUCCCUCGACACAACCAACUCCUCUCCACGACAGCGACAACCUCCUCGCCUCCUCCACCGCAGUCACCGCGCAAUGAACGCCAAGGUGCUCCUCCUCCUGGCUCUGGUGGCAGCCGCCGCCGCCGAGAGCUCACGGUCCCGAGAGGGCUCCUACGGCUCGGACGAGUCCGAUGAGGCCAAGUACGACUUCAGUUACCAGGUGAAGGACGACUACGGCAACGACUUCGGUCACAAGGAAAGCCGUGACGGCGACUACACCGAGGGAUUCUACUACAACCAGCUGCCCGACGGCCGCCUGCAGAAGGUCAAGUACGUAGUUGACGGCUACUCUGGCUUCGUGGCCGACGUCAGCUACGAGGGCGAGGCUCACUACGACUCUGGCUCCUACGAGUCCCGUGGUUCUGGCUCCCGCGAGUACUACAGACCCAGGUACGACUCCAACAGGUCCAAGUAGUUCCUCACGGAGUGCAGUAGUUCAGGAUCACCUCAUCGUCACCACCGCGCCAUUGUUGCACGUGUCUUCGCCGUCACCUCCUUCCCGCAACUCAUGAACAACCAAAUACACACACUCAACAAUUAAAA